AUGUGGGUUUUCUUCCUGGGGGGAUUGGAUAUAAAGGCGCAAGAAUCGGCAUUACGGCAGCAGCCCGACAUUGUUAUUGCAACGCCAGGUCGACUCAUUGAUCAUUUGCAUAAUUCGCCGAAUUUCUCCUUACAUAAUGUUGAAGUUCUCGUACUCGAUGAAGCAGAUCGAAUGCUUGACGAAGCUUUCUCGAUACAAAUGAAAGAAAUUGUUCGCUUAUGUGCUAGAAAUCGGCAAACACUUCUCUUUUCAGCUACAAUGACUGACCAAAUUGAGGACCUAGCCUCAGUUUCGUUGACAAAUCCAGUCAAAUUGUUCAUUGAUGAAAAUACGAAAACAUCAUUGAAACUUCGGCAAGAAUUUAUACGGAUUCGUCAAAAUCGCGAAAGUGAUCGCGAAGCAAUUGUUGUUGCGCUCAUUACUCGAACAUUUACUGAUCAUACGAUUUUGUUUGUCAAAACUAAAAAAGACUGUCAACGGCUGAAUAUUAUUUUAGGUCUUUUAGGAGUCAAGGUUGGUCAGUUACAUAGUGGUCUGUCGCAAUCUCAACGUAUUGAGACUUUAUCGAAUUUUAAGCGAAACGUUCUUGAUGUUCUUGUUUCGACUGACCUCGCAUCGCGUGGUCUUGAUAUCGAAGGCGUUCUUACGGUGAUUAAUAUGAAUACACCAUCUUCGUUAAAGCAGUAUGUUCAUCGUGUUGGACGUACUGCUCGAGCUGGUCGUGUAGGUCGUUCAAUUACUUUAGUUGGUGAGGAUGAACGAAAAGUUCUUAAAGAAAUUGUAGCUUCAAACCAAACAACAACUUUGAAACAACGACUUGUCGAUAGCAGUGUAAUUGAUGCGUACAAAAAACGCAUAGAGCAACUAAAGGAAAGUAUUGAAGAGAUUGAGGAGGAAGAGAAAGCUGAAAGAGCGAUGCGAUUGGCACAGCAAGAAAUAGAGAGAUCAAAUCAAAAAUUGCUGGAUGGAAAAACCGAAAAGCGUCAAUGGAUUAAACAAGGUAAACCAGAUAAAAAGAAGAUUAAACAGGAAAAGAAGAAGUUAACUGCUGAUCCGAAAUUAGAUGAAGAAGAAAAACGUUUACGACAUAUCGCCAAUUAUCAAAUACGUCAAGCAAAACGUGCUGGUAGGGAUAAAAAAAUUCAUGUUUUUGAUGAACGGAAUGAAGGUGAAAAACGAAGACAAAAGAAGAAAAAAAAAGGAAAAUUGGCAAAAAAUUUUAUUGAUGAGUUAACAUCGAUUGAGCGAAAAGAUGUGAAACGUUUCCGAUACGGGUCAGUUGAUUUUUUUAAUUUUUUUAUUUUAAAAUCAUUCAAAGAAAACUCUAACAUUUCUAACAUUCAUUCAAGACUCUAA